UACACCGUCCCCGGCCACAACCGGCCCGGCGCGGCCGACAGCGUCGUCAUCCUCGACGAGGACGGGAGCGUGGCUUCCUUCGAGAUCGAGCCCGAGUUCCUCAACGCCAAAGCCAAGGCCAGGCGAGGCUUCGGCGACCCAGAGGUCCACGUAAAUGAAGCGAGCAUGAUUUGUUUGCGCGACGAACCACUGCCCAGUGGCUCGCCUUACAGAAUUGUGACUCUUGUAUUUCGAAAACUCAGAAAUCGUGCCGGAAGUGCUGUAGUGGUUACUGCCUCGUUCACAACGAAGGCUCAUGCACGAAAUUUUGUGACUGGUGCGUCUCGCGCGGACGGGGACUGA